UUUUUUUUUUUUUUUUUUUUUAUGUCAAACUACACACGCGACUUUAUUGAUUGUAUUUAUCUAGAAAUAACUGCACGCACUUGCCGAAUUCCAAUGCACAAUGUACAUGUACUUGUCUCUCUCGACUUUAACAUGAUCUGCACCCGCGUGCGCACCCCUCUUCAUUUACUUUACUUGCGUGUUAGACAGUUCACAUACACAACUAGAUCACCUCUGUUAAAUGUAUGUUUGCUCACUCUUUUCAAUAAGAGAUUUAAUCUAUUAAAGUGAAAAAGCAUGAUUUUUUUUUCUUCAAAUACAAUUACACUGGUACCUAGUUCCAAGAAUUAUUUUAUCGCAAAUGGAUAUCGAGAAGCAAAAUAUGAAAAUGUACCAGAAGAAAUAUUAACUAAAUAUUUACCUAAAAUUCAGUGUUAUGCCGAUCAAGCUCCUUGUAAUGAGGUCGAUGCUCUUUUUAAAUCCAAACUUCCGGAAAUUUUAGUUAAUAAUUGCUUAACUUGUGAUGAAGGAAUAAUAAAAAGGGAAGCCCAGGAAGAAUUGCAGAUUUUAAGACAAUAUUUUUUUACAGAUUUUAAGUUCUUAUUAGAAAAAAAUACAAUUCCAAUAGUUUUUAACUGUCUCCUUAAUGCUGGUCCCUGUGAUAGUAGAUUAACACUCUUUAAAAGUAAAUUACAAUUUUUCUUGAAAAAUAAUGAAUGCCCUGAUUGUACAGACGACUUUAUUAACAAAAUGAAAAAACGAAUUGAUUAUCUCAAAAAAUUUCAUCCGCAAAAAUGGCAACAAAUCGAACAGAUUUUACCUGCCAACGUAGUCACUAAGGGUGGAGCAACAGAAUAUAUAAAGACGAGCAGAUUUUAUUUCUUACACAGUCGUAGACAAAUUGCUUGA